GGCAGCGAAGCGGGCCGGGACCGGCCGGACCAGACCAGAGCGGAGCCCGGGGGCGAUGCGGCUGCUGCCCCUGCUGCGGGCUGUCCUCUGGGCCGCGCUCCUCAGCUCCCCGCUGCGAGGGGGCUCCGGCCUCCGCUACGCCGUCUACUGGAACUCCAGUAACCCCAGGCUGCUUGGAGGAGACGCAGUGGUGGAGCUGGGCCUCAACGAUUACCUAGACAUCUUCUGCCCGCACUAUGAAGGGCCCGCGCCCCCGGACGGCCCCGAAACAUUUGCCUUAUACAUGGUGGACCGGCCGGGCUAUGAGGCCUGCGAGGCCCAGGGGCCGGGCGCCUUCAAGCGCUGGGAGUGUGCCCUCCCUUUCGCUCCCUUUGGCCCUGUUCGGUUCUCGGAAAAGAUUCAGCGCUUCACACCCUUCUCCCUUGGCUUCGAGUUCCUGCCUGGAGAAACCUACUACUACAUCUCGGUGCCCACCCCGGAGAGUUCCGGCCGCUGCCUGAGGCUCCAGGUGUCUGUCUGCUGCAAGGAGAGGCGGUCGGAGUCAGCCCAUCCUGUGGGAAGCCCUGGAGAGAGCGGCACUUCCGGGUGGCAAGGGGGAGGAGCGCCCAGCCCCCUCUGUCUCUUGCUGCUGUUGCUGCUCCCAGUUUUGCGUCUGCUUCGAGUUCUCUGAGCCACGUGGACCCCCGCCACGCCGGGAGCGAGAGCCCUCGCACGUCUCCCCGGAGGAGGGGCCCCGAGCGUCAAGCCAGCCAGGCCGUCGGAAGAGUGCUGGGAGAGGUCGGAGGGUCCGAGGCGACCUUCCAGGGGCUGGCCCCUCAUCACCGGCUGGAGAGGCCCUGCAGGGAGCUGCACACAGCCCCCGCCCCCCGAGCCCAGGCAGGACACACAGCGGGGCCGGCUGCUGCUCAGAUGUCCUCAGCCCGGCCCCCGGCAGGACUGGGAUGUGGUGGGAUGGAAUCCUUGAGCCUGUUGGGCGCCAAGACCGAAGACCUGGGGACGGGUGGCCUGCCAGACCAGGGCAAGGAAAAGGCCCAGGGCUGUGCCCGGCCUCCUGGGGACCGUGUCCCUGGGGCAGCACUCCCCCUCCCCAGGGGGCCACUUGCUUGUCUUCUAUGAAGACGGACUUGCCAUGAGGCUGGACGUCAUGCCAGUUUGUAUUUUUGUAAGUGUCUGGACCAAACCUUCAAUAAACCACCCCUUUUUUGUGGCUCUCCCCCCCCCCA